AACUUUUUAGUUUCACAACACAUUGACUACGAAGCGCAGUAGGUCUGUAAAUCGACAGAGUAUUUAAUUUGAUAUAGGCAAGAUCUGGCAUCGUAAAACGAGUUGAUGGAAAUGUACUGUUUUCAAUCAAGAUUCUGCUGGCUACAGCUGGUAUUCAUCCUAAUUUGCUAUUCUGCAGCUGUGGGGGGUUUACAAGGAAAGUUUGUCUUCGACAAAAAUGACGUUUCCAUUACUGACGAGUCUCCUCCUCUGCAAUGCCUGUGUCAACCAAAUUGUGGGGUUUCGGCAGAUAGUCAUGUGACAUGUAAUUCGGGCGACCUAUGCCAGAUAACUGUAUUGGAAAACGGCGAUGUGUACGCAGGAUGUACCACAAAAGACUACUGCGAAGACCCAGGCGAUGGAACAAGGUGCUGUGUGGAAAAUUUAUGCAAUACGCAAUCCUUGAAAACUCCUCCAACAAACAGCCCAGGGCCACCUACUGGUUACGCGACUGCAGCACAGGAAAACAUUCUCGUUAUCUUGUUGUGUGCAACAAUUGUCUGCCUCGUGCAGUAAAAAGCAGCCGUUUUCAAAUAGUAAAUAUUCAAAAUAAUGGGGGGG